AUGGCGAAGGCCAAGGGCAAGAAGGGCUCUAGCGGAGGAGUGAACAGCCAUGUUCGCGCACGCAUUAACUACCUAUACAAGGCGGCUACCUACCUGCAGUCUGCAAAGCCGAGAACCCGCGAAGCCGUCAAAACCGUCACGAAAACCCAAGAAGACGAAGUAACGCCGGACUCUGCGCGCAUCGUACCGCUUGUAUCUGCAAAAGAAUCUCCAACUGGCGGCGAUUGUCCUCAAUAUCACUCCCAACUCGCUCGAAUGUGUAUUUCCCAGAUGCGCGGAGUCUCCCAGAAAUCGCAACUCCGACUGCCAAUCGAACAGAAACGGUCAUUUUGCAAGCGCUGUGAUACGCUGUUAAUUCCUGGGGCCAACUGCACAGAAGAGCUCAGAAAUACAAGCCGUGGAGCCAGGAAACCAUGGGCAGAAGUCCGAGUCGUCCGCUGCAACGGCUGUGGCACAGAGAAACGGUUCCCUCAGACGGAUAAGCGGAGCCGGAAGCUUUCAGACCGCAAACAAGACCCAAAACCAGAAAACAAGGCGGACUCGAUGGAUCAAACAUGA